UUUUUUUGGACAUGGUGGGGACAUGGUGGUCACCCACCUCUUUGACUAUCAAGAUGCAAUUAUUGGGGGUGCAUUUUACGGGAAGCUUUGCAAGGUGUGGGAUUCAUUUUUUGGCAGGAGAGGGAGAGAGAGAGGGAGAGCAACCAAAGGGAGGGAACCCUUUCUCCCAUUUUCACCCGUCCAAAGAGCACCCAUGGGAAGCUGUUCCAACCUUGGAAGGGGCUUAGAGGAGGAACUGAGUUGGGCAUCUGGUGAUGAUGGAGUUCUUGCAUCAAGAACUGGAAAAGGAAGUGAAGAGCUGCUGAAGUUCCUGGAAGAUCUUGAUCUGCACGUCUGGGAGGAGAUUGAUCCCAAAACUUACAUGGAAGUCUUCAAGAGUUGAAGGAUUGUCACGUGAUCCUGUGCAAAUGGAGGAAGAGAUGGAAGCUCGAAUUAGAAGGAUUUAAGGUUAUCUUUGCAGUUGCGUCUGAGCUUAAAACUGAUGUAUAGAUUUUAGUUUAUGUUCGGGAUGUUAUGUAUUAUUACAACAUUUAAGUUUUGAAUAUAAAUUUUAAUUUUUAGGGUGAA